CUAUGGUAAAGCUUAAACAACGCAAAAUGCAGAGCCGGCUGAUUGCACCCCAGUCCCAAUUUCGCUACUUUCUCUCUCACAUAAUCACGCACUAAUUCGUUCGUUUUUAUUCACCAUUUAUUAUAUCUCAUAUCCUUUCUCUCUUCCUUGUUCAGUUUCAAGUUUCUCUCUCUAGAAUCCUGCCCUCUACUCUUCUGUUUGUUAGGAUUCCCACCUAGAACCCACCAAAAACUUGGCCGGGAAAUGAUACGGAACCUGGAUUUCUUGGCUGUUUAUCAACAUUUCAGACUGUAGUUAACAAUCCCAGAAAGAAAGAAAAAAUUUAUACCCAGAUAAAUAUAGAUAUCCUAUGUUUUUUGUAAAAGAAAAUAUUCCUGAACCUUUGUUGUUCAUUAGACCAGCAUCGCUUGAAGAAAAUGACAAGGGGAAAUUAGAGCAGGAAGAAAAUGAAGAGAAGUUAGAGAUGGCACCCAAUACUAUUACAACCACUACACCAAAAUCAGUUAUAAUUAUACCCAGAAGUAAAUCUCAAGCCAUAUGCCGUAGAGUCACCCCUGCGUCUGUUUUGCCCUCAGGAAAUGCAGCUGAUAUGAUAGAGAAGCACCUUUCCAAUGGGGAUCUGUAUAUUGGGACUUUUGCAAAUAAUACGCCUCAUGGAUCCGGGAAGUAUUUGUGGAAAGAUGGGUGUAUGUAUGAAGGUGACUGGAGAAGGGGGAAAGCCUCUGGUAAAGGGAAAUUUUCGUGGCCAUCGGGUGCGACUUUUGAAGGCGAUUUCAAGUCAGGUCGGAUGGAGGGUUCGGGCACUUUCAUUGGAUCUGAUGGAGAUAUGUACAGGGGGUCGUGGUCUUGGGACCGGAAGCACGGUUAUGGAGUGAAACAUUACAGUAAUGGGGAUUACUAUGAAGGACACUGGAAAAAGAAUUUUCAGGAUGGACAAGGAAGAUAUGUCUGGAAGAAUGGGAAUGAGUAUAAAGGGGAGUGGAAAAAUGGGAUGAUUAAUGGAAGGGGUGUUUUGGUUUGGAACAAUGGGAAUAGAUAUGAUGGGAAUUGGGAGAAUGGGGUUCCCAAGGGUCACGGUGUAUUCACUUGGCCUGAUGGUAGCUGCUACAUUGGCUGCUGGUCCAAGGAUUCUUGCAAAAACAGUAAUCAAAUCUUGAAUGGUACUUUUUACCCUGCCCACAAUAGCAACAAAUCCAAUGGCGAUGGGAAUGAAGGGGCUCUAAAGGGAAACUUUAGUAGGAAGUUAUCAGCGCCACUGAUGACGGUGGGGGAAGAGAGUGUAAAUAUAGCGAUAGGUAGUGGUGCGGGGAAGAAAAGAUCGUCCGUGGACGGUGGGAUGACCGAGAGGUCUUUUCCAAGAAUAUGCAUUUGGGAGUCGGAUGGUGAGGCUGGGGAUAUCACUUGUGAUAUUAUUGACAAUAUGGAGGCAUCAAUGCUGUAUAGGGAUGGAUUGGGGUUGGACCGGGAUGGGAUUAUGAAGUUUCGGAGGAACCCCUGUUGUUUUGGUGGAGAGGUGAAGAAGCCAGGAGAGACUAUAUCCAAAGGGCACAAGAAUUAUGAUCUGAUGCUCAAUCUCCAACUGGGGAUUAGGUAUUCUGCUGGAAAGCAUGCUUCCAUGGUACGAGAUCUUAAGCAGAGUGAUUUUGAUCCUAAGGAGAAGUUUUGGACUAGAUUUCCUCCAGAAGGAUCAAAGCUUACGCCUCCUCAUCAAUCUGCAGACUUCCGGUGGAAGGAUUAUUGUCCAGUAGUGUUUAGACAUUUAAGGGAACUUUUUCAAGUCGAUCCUGCGGAUUAUAUGUUAGCCAUUUGUGGGAAUGAUGCUCUGAGGGAGCUUUCUUCUCCUGGGAAAAGUGGAAGUUUCUUUUAUUUAACACAGGAUGAUAGGUUUAUGAUCAAAACGGUGAAGAAAUCGGAAGUCAAGGUGCUUAUUAAGAUGCUUCCUAGAUAUUACCAACACGUCUCUCGAUAUGAAAAUUCUCUUGUGACAAACUUCUAUGGCGUUCAUUGUGUGAAACCAGUUGGCGGCAUCAAGACACGGUUUAUUGUGAUGGGAAAUAUGUUUUGCUCGGAUUAUCGGAUCCAUAGAAGAUUUGAUUUGAAAGGAUCAUCCCAUGGCCGCACGACGGAUAAGCCCGAGGGAGAAAUUGAUGAAACCACUACUCUUAAGGACCUUGACCUUAAUUUUGUGUUUCGUUUACAAAGCAAUUGGUAUCAAGAACUAAUCAAACAAAUUCAUCGAGACUGUGAAUUCUUGGAGGCAGAGAGAAUCAUGGAUUACAGUCUUCUAGUUGGUCUUCAUUUCCGUGAUGAGAACAGCGGGGACAAAAUGGGUUUGUCACCAUUUAUGUUGAGGGCAGGAAAAACUGAUUCAUUUCAAAAUGAGAAGUUCAUGCGAGGUUGUCGUUUCCUUGAAGCAGAACUACAAGACAUGGAUCGGAUCCUAGCUGGCCGGAAACCAUUGAUCAGGCUAGGGGCCAAUUUGCCUGCCCGAGCAGAGCGAGUGGUUCGAAGGAGUGAUUUCGAUCGGUACACCCCUGGUGGAUUUAGCAAUUUGGCACCUCCGAGGUGUGGUGAAGUCUAUGAAGUGAUCCUCUACUUUGGGAUCAUUGAUAUUUUACAAGACUAUGAUAUCAGUAAGAAGCUAGAACAUGCAUACAAGUCCUUGCAGGUAGACUCUACCUCAAUUUCAGCUGUCGACCCAAAACUAUAUUCCAAGAGAUUCCAGGAUUUCGUAGGGGGAAUCUUUGUUGAGGAUAGGUGACACCAAUGAGAUAUCAAAACAGCAAUUUCUGGUAUAGCUAUAUUUAGUGGUAUUGGAUCGAGCAUCAUAAAGUGACUUCAGGAACCACACUUUUUGCUCGAAAUAAUCAUCGCAGGUGGACGGUGUUGUUGGGAUCGACAGGCAGUGAUGGGAACUGCAAUAUUCUCAUGGCUGAAUUUUGUGGAUCAGCCAUUUUUUGGGAGCAAGUUAUUUGUCAAUCCAAUAUGGGAAGAGGGAAAUAUUGGUUUAUGGUUUUUUUUUUUUUCAUUUUAUUAGUAAUUUUUGGUUUAUCCGAGGGAGGUGAAGAUUGGAAAGAUAGGCAUAGGUAAAGAACGUGUUUUCCCCAAGAGAAGAUUCAAAUAUGGGAGAGGGAGGGGAUUUGAUAAUUAUGAAAAUUGUACAGCUUAUAGGAAGAAGAGACGUUGUAUAGAUUAUGAAAUUAUGGAAUCUUUUUGUGGGAUUUCUUAACAUCUUUAUGUGAAACAGUGGACCCACCCCACAUUUACAUACAAUAUAUGGUGUACUUCGCUUUUCUUUUUGGUUGCUUUGAAAGAGAAUGGGGUGGCUUGGUGCAGAGGAAGAGUUGUAAGCACAUGAAAAGGAGAGAAAGCAAGAAAAAGAUGGGCUUGGGUUUCUCGUUCUCUCUUUUUACUGUGCCACACUUUUUAACUAUAAUUUGAAAAAAUAUCUUAAAUAAGCACUUUCUUUCUUGUUUUGAUGAGAAACUGCAGGGCAAAGCAAACGAGGCAAAGACCAUUGACUCUUCAAAGAUUUUAAGAAUUUGCGUGCCACGUGUUAUGAACACAGUGGUGGGCAAUUCGGUCAGUUUACAAUGCAACGUGUAUUGGGACAUGGGAUGGGAUUAUAUAGAGUUUUUACUGUUGGGGUCAAA